CCCCUCAGUGCGGCGGCGGUGGAAGCUGAGGAGACGGCGGGACCCCGGGCUGGCUGACUGACUGAGGGCGCUGCUGAGCGGCUCCGCGGUCUCUUCACGACCCCCUCACACUGUCAUUGUGGGCGCCAUGAGAAACCCCUCGGAGCGGUUGUCAUGGUAACCGGGGGGCGGCUACGGACCGGAGACAGCACCCGAGUACCGGGGAGAAGGAGGAGGUGACUGACCCUGCGAGGAGGUGGAUAAAGAAAGAGGGGGAGACAGACAGACAUUGUGAGGAGGCUACAGAGCGCCCAGGAUGGAGGACGGCUUCUCCAGCUACAGCAGCAGCCUCUACGACACCACCUCCCUCCUCCAGUUCUGCAAUGAUGACAGCGCCUCAGCCUCCAGCAGCAUGGAGGUGACGGAUCGCAUUGCCUCACUGGAGCAGCGGGUGCAGAUCCAAGAGGAUGAAAUCCAGCUGCUGAAGUCCGCCUUGGCCGAUGUAGUGAGGCGACUCAACGUCUCCGAGGAGCAGCAUGCCAUGCAGAACCGCAAAGGGCCCACCAAAGAUGGAACUAUGUUUAAGAGGUCAGACAUGGACAGACCUGCGUGUUCAGCAUCCGGGCCAGGAAAGGAAAAACAGAAAGCCAGACCCCUGGUGCAGACAUUGCCGCUGAGGGCGACCGUUAACAGUGAAACCAUCUUACCAAAGAAACCAAGCACUUCUCUCCCUUCACCUUCCGGGACCAGGAAAGAUAUCGUUCCUCUAGGACCCAAAAGUAAUGUCAAAAGAACAAACUCUACUGAACGCAUCUCUCCUGGUGGCCGAAGAGAAAGCGCCGGGGACGCCAAAGGCAGCAGAAACCGCGCUGGAUCUACCAGCAGCUCAUCUAGCAGCAAAAAGAACAGCGAGAGCAAACCCAAGGAACCCGUUUUCAGCGCCGGGAAGCGGCGGGUGACACACUGUAAAGAGGAAGGUUAUGUAAAAAUGUUUCUGCGCGGGCGGCCAGUGACUAUGCACAUGCCCAAAGACCAAGUGGAGUCGUAUAACUUGGAAGCGAAAGUAGAACUUCCUCCCAAAAAACUGAAACUAGAAUGGGUCUAUGGCUACCGUGGCCGGGACUGUCGCACUAACCUGUACCUUCUGCCCACCGGAGAGACGGUGUACUUCAUAGCGUCCGUCGUCGUCUUGUAUAAUGUGGAAGAACAGCUGCAGAGACAUUACACCGGUCACAACGAUGACGUCAAGUGCCUUGCCAUCCAUCCUGAUAAAAUUACCAUCGCAACCGGCCAAGUCGCAGGUACCUCUAAGGAUGGGAAACAAUUACCACCACAUGUCCGUGUUUGGGAUUCCGUGACCCUCAACACGUUACACGUCAUCGGCAUGGGCUUCUUCGAUCGCGCCGUAACAUGUGUAGCUUUCUCUAAAUCCAAUGGAGGAGGAAACCUGUGCUGUGUGGACGAUUCCAACGACCACGUGCUCUCGGUCUGGGACUGGCAGAAAGAAGAGAAGUUGGCUGAUGUUAAGUGCUCGAAUGAAGCUGUCUUUGUGGCCGACUUCCAUCCCACAGAUACAAACAUCAUAGUCACGUGCGGCAAAUCUCACCUGUACUUCUGGACCCUGGAGGGAAAUUCUCUGGUCAAGAAGCAAGGACUUUUCGAGAAACAAGAGAAACCAAAGUUUGUCCUAUGCAUCACUUUUUCGGAAAAUGGCGACACAAUCACGGGAGAUUCAAGUGGAAAUCUCUUGGUUUGGGGAAAAGGUAGCAAUAGGAUUAGCCACGCGGUCCAAGGAGCCCAUGAGGGGGGUAUAUUUGCACUUUGCAUGCAGAGAGAUGGCACAUUAGUGUCCGGAGGAAAAGAUAGAAAACUUAUAUCCUGGGGUGGAAAUUACCAGAAGAUGAAUGUAGUAGAGAUCCCAGAACAGUUUGGUCCGGUGCGCACUGUGGCAGAAGGAAAAGGCGAUGUUGUGCUGAUCGGAACAACAAGAAAUUUUGUCCUUCAGGGAACGUUAGCCGGAGACUUCAGUACAAUCACCCAGGGUCAUACUGAUGAACUGUGGGGAUUAGCCGCACAUUCCCAGAUGCCUCAGUUCUUGACAUGUGGUCAUGACAAGCAGAUAACAUUAUGGGACGCUAUCAGUCAUCGUCCAGUCUGGAGCAAGAUCAUUGAGGACCCGGCCCAGUCUGCUGGCUUCCACCCUAACGGUUCUGUUGUAGCAAUAGGGACUCUGACGGGCAGGUGGUUUGUGUUAGAUACAGAGACCAAAGACUUGGUGACUGUACACACAGAUGGGAACGAGCAGCUCUCGGUCAUGUGCUACUCUCCAGAUGGAAAUUUCCUAGCAAUCGGUUCCCAUGACAACUACAUCUAUAUUUAUGCUGUUAAUGAGAAUGGAAGAAAAUACAGUCGCAUUGGCAAAUGCUCAGGUCACUCCAGUUUUAUUACUCACCUGGACUGGUCUGUGAAUUCACAAUAUCUGAUGUCUAAUUCUGGAGAUUACGAGAUCUUGUACUGGAUUCCCAUGGCCUGCAAGCAAGUCGUCAGUGCGGAAACCACCAGGGACCUCGAGUGGGCGACAUAUACCUGCACCCUUGGAUUCCAAGUCUUUGGAGUGUGGCCAGAAGGGUCGGACGGAACAGACCUGAACGCGAUCUGCAGAUCGACCGAUCAGAAGCUUCUGGCUACGGGAGACGAUUUUGGCAAAGUCCAUCUGUUCUCAUAUCCUUGCUCACAGUUCCGGACAUCCAGCCACGCGUACGGCGGGCACAGCAGUCAUGUCACCAACGUGAGCUUUUUGCACGAGGACAGCCAUCUAAUCUCUUCCGGCGGCAAAGACACGAGCAUCAUGCAGUGGCGUGUUCUGUAGUCGCCUGCACAGACAACCUUGAAGACGCCAAGAGAAUCUUGUAAAAACCGACACUUGCCUUCCUGUUGUAACACGGGCUGCUUCUUAACGAGUCAUGGAGAACUCAGGAACCAAAAUCUUUCCCCCCGUGCUAUCGCUGACAGCCCGACCUCCCAGGGUCACCCCUCGGCUUCUAAUAAGAGGGCACUGUCCGUCUUACUGCAAACCCUGCAGAACACCGUACGCAUUGCAUUGUAACCCAGGGAGGUUUUAUAUCCUGUCCCCCGUCUAUAAUGUGCUGUCCGUUUUAGCUUUCAUAAAAUUAUUAAAGUC